AGUCGCUUCUCCAUCUCUUGGAUUAUAUACACUAAGGAACACGAUACACACGACAAUUUGAAAGCAUUCGUCUGGCUCUUAUCGAGUAUAAUACUAUUGUGUUGACGUCCUGGGUUGUUUCUGUGAACCUCAGAACGCCUCCACCUCACUCACUGUUGUCCACUGUUUUUACUGUUUAUUGUAUAAGGACGCGAAUAGUGUAACAUCAUUUGGAUUGGAUUUUUUGAAUAGCUGGUUUGGCCUUAUACAGAAUAUCUUUGAGUCAAGUCCUCAAUAAAAUACAAUACAAUUCGAGUUUGCUGUGAUUUUCUUUUUAUUGGAAUCUGCUGGAGACUCUUGCACGUCGUCAAAGCAACUGACCAUAAUUUACUUCACACUCGGUUAAUUUGGUAAGUGAUUUCAAAUAUUUGAAUGUUUUCAACUACCAUAAAAAUGUAUCUCGACCAAAUUUAUCUUAUUGCUAUGUGCUUACAGUGGUCUAAGAAAUAUCUAGUAUAGCAUAUUGCGAAUUGACUCAAAUCAAUUUUGAAUGGAUAGAAGAUGGUUAUAGCCAACACUGUGAGAAGUUACAAAGGAAAAUUCAACGAUCUUUUACUAACCGCUUUGGUAGCCAUUGUCGGCUGGUUGUUGAAUUGUUCAUUGUAAGACGAGUAGAUGCAAAACUUGUGUCACGUGACAUUAUUUUUCUCAUUGUUAAUUGAUUUUCCAACCAUCUUGGGGCGCUAAUUUUGAUAAUUCGUCCCUUACAAGAAAAUAAACAUGCGUGUGACAGUCCAGCAAAGAAAUUUUCCUUGUCGGUUCCAGCCCCAUAUUCAAAGAAAAUUGUCUAAAUACAUAACUUGUAAUACCUUUCCAUCAGAGAGAAACGCUUCAAAUUAUAAAUCAAAUCUUGCCGAGGAUCGACUGCUUUUGCUUUGAGAUUAUUUAAGCCUAUCAUUUUUUUUUUUUUUUGUUUUCGGUGUGCUUUAUUAUUUAAAUACAGUAAUUUUUCACCGCAAUGUUGAAAUAUUUGAUCACUUCUCUGGCGUAUAUAAACCAUUAUGUUUCAAUUCAAAUUUCAGAUACCUUAACGAGACUCGGACUAAAAUAACCGACACAUCAAAUAGGUUUGGCAAAGUGCCCGAGCCGCCAUUUUACGUUGGGCGAUCAAGGCCUUCGAGAUGUACCUGUCACCGAUGCUACUUCUCGCGCUCCUCGCGUUGCUGCCUGACUGCACGCACGCGCACGGGCGGCUCAUGGACCCACCCGCCCGCAACAGCAUGUGGAGGCUGGGGUUCGCCAACCCCGUCAACUACAAUGACAAUGAGCUGUACUGCGGGGGGAGAAUGGUGAGUACGACCUAGGACAACCGCGGACUUGAGUGCAUUCGUGGCAGAAAUGUAAGGGCGAUACAAAGAAUUAAAGUUUGGGGGGGGGAGGGCGGUGAAACUAUAAGUUUUGCGGUCAUGGAAAAAAAGUGUAGCAUUUCAGAUGAGCUCUAAUACUGGAAAAGAACAAUUGUUCGCCCCAAAAAAAACCCAUUUUACUUUAUUUGUGGGCGUAGACAUAAGUUACAACUUAUUAAGAUAAGGAGAUUCUAAGACUGAACCUGGACACCUACAUCUAUGUAUCCCGUUAUUGUCUGUAUCUCUCUCUCUAUCUCUCACAUACGCACUCUCUCCCUUAACACACCAACUCUCUUUCUCUCACUCUCUUACAUACACACUCAAUCCCUCUAACAUCCUCUCUCUCUCUCUCUCUCUCUCUCUCUCUCUCUCUCUCUCUCUCUCUCUCUCUCUCUCUCUCUCUCUCUCUCUCUCUCUCUCUCUCUCUCUCUCUCUCUCUCUCUCUCUCUCUCUCUCUCUCAAUCGUUCUAUCUCUCUCCCACUUCAUGAAAAGCAACCGCGGCUAAUGUCAAUUAUUAUUGUUGAAAUCCAUUGGCUUUUUUUAAAACAGACCAAAUGUUUCAGCACUCUAUGGAGAAGAAAACGGGGACAACUAGUUAACAGCAAUCUUUUAAAAAAAUAAAACCAAGAGGAUUUAAUGGCACAAUGUGUAGUCUACCUUUUUGCAUAUUCUCAACUUCUUUACACAUACUUCUAUGUUUUAAAAAAGAUAUUAGGACGUAAAAUUUUCCAUCCCAACUCCUGAGAAAGUCGAUCGUGUGCACUGUGCGAAAUAACACAGUGUCGGACCGACCGGGUGUCUUUGGGUUGGGACGGCCCCCGGCGGAGACCUGGUCGAGCAGACUCGGGUGGGGGCCAUCCUGACAAAGGGACAUCCCCGACGUGCCACUCCGCGGCCCGAUACCCGGGUUGGGGAGGGGUGUUUUGGGGAGGGCAUAAAGAGCGCAAGCUCAACGGCCCGCUGACGCCAUUUCUUAAUGUAAUAUAUCCAUCAUGAGUGACCCGGGUUUACGUUCUUAGGAUUGAGCUAACGAGAAUGAAAGCAAAUCAACUGAUACAUUCAUAAUUUAUCUUGGCAAAUCAACUGAUACAUUCAUAAUUUAUCUUGGCAAAUCAACUGAUACAUUCAUAAUUUAUCUUGGCAAACCAACUGAUACAUUCAUAAUUUAUCUUGGCAAACCAACUGAUACAUUCAUAAUUUAUCUUGGCAAACCAACUGAUACAUUCAUAAUUUAUCUUGGCAAAUCAACUGAUACAUUCAUAAUUUAUCUUGGCAAACAAACUGAUACACUCAUAAUUUAUCUUGCAACAUGGCAUCAAAGUAUUUUUUUUUAAAAUCAAGAUUCGAACUCAGGCCACUCAGUCAGGGUUUUAGCGAAAACCCACCACACGUGUGUCCGCUAAGCCUACCCACUCCGCCAGGUCACAUCCGACAAACAGAAGAUCUCCGCCCCUUGUCAACAACGGAACAGCAGCCGACCAAAAGGAAAAACAACAAAAAACAAUCACACGACAGUGACACUCCGGCACGCAGCCGCAAACAAAGACAAGUAGGCGAGGCGGCAAUGGCGUAACGUGCAUUACAAAUAUGUGUAUGCGUGGAUCAGUUGCUUUUGGCUGACACUGAUGGUUUUCCACUAUGUUUUCAUGACGAUUCCUCGAAGAUUACAAAAUCUUGUUGGGGAAGAAUCGAAGUUGUUUCAAAAAUUUUACAUAACAGUCCACAGAAACCAUUUCAAAUAUAAUGUUUACAUUUAUUUAUAGAAUAAAGUAGGCAGAGCCCGCUAUACAAUGGCGACGGCAAUGCGUGAACUUCCCAGCUGCUAAGUUGCUUAAAAAAACACGCAUUUUUUUUUUGUGUGACUCAUUUUACAAGAAACGCAACUUAGGUGAAUUUUUAUUUUGUGCGCCUAUUGAACACACCGUUUCAACCAUUCAUUCAUAACUAGAGAAUAAUUAUUUGUCAUCUUCUUUAGCUAAGUAGUAGAUAAAUAUCUUCCCAUCUGGAAACGCCCGAAGGACACCGUUGGGGAUUGUUCACGUCUGCACCAAGUCGAACCUUGGUUAGCGCUCAAAGGUUUUGUUGACAGGGUCAGGCCACGGUACUAUUAAGUGUUUGCCCGACUCCCACGCGGAGUAACGUGUGGCCCUGACAGCCGAUGCCAUGACUAGCUGUUAAAUUUUCAGUUUAACUCUUUGGAUAUUAUGGAGGGAACAUUGUCAUAAUUAUUUUUAUGUUUAAACUCUGCCUAGUAGGCUAUGGUAUUCUAAUGCGUAGGAAAAUAAUUCAUAGAUUUAUCUUUUGAAAAUAUAAGCACGACAACAAGAUCUGUAGCAAAAAUCAAGUUAUAAUUGAGGUGAAAGGUUUAAGAGAAAAAUCUAGUGACUAGUUGUAUAGGUUAACAUCAAUGUUACAGUUAGGGUUACUGUUAGGCGUCUUGUUCGUUAGCUUGAGUAUGGCACCCACCAAGACAACACUUCGAAUCAAUUCUCCGGGUAAUGCAUUGCACGGAUAGCGUUCGUAAUCACUGAAACCAAUUGAGUUCAAUUUUUUUAUUCUUAAGAUGCCACCGCAAAAGAAAGCUACGCCCGGGGCAAUGCCAGAAUUUAGGCGCCCUCUUCCAACCCCUGCGCCCUCUUCCAACCCCGCGCCCUCUUCCAACCCCGCACCCUCUUCCAACCCCGCGCCCUCUUCCAACCCCGCGCCCUCUUCCAAUACUUUAAAUUUUGAUUGAAAAAUUAAGACUUUUUGUACCGUUUGAAGAUGGUGCCCAGGGCGGGCGCCUCCUUCGCCCCCCCCCCCUUCCCUCAUACCCCACACAAUUUCUUCACACAAACUCUGGUUCUUAAGGACGCUAAGAGUAUUCAAGCAUAGGCUCGUGGCACUAUUACUCAAACUAUUUUUUUUUAACUUUUAGUUUAUUUCGUAUGUGCUCUAACAUCGGUAUGGUCGUCUCUACGUAUGUGGACUCUAGUCCUUCUUCAAAGUCAGCGCCUAAACGUAUGAACCCUCAAAAUAGCCGCUGGUCAGUUGGAGUCCCCUUUGACCCAUGAGAAAUGUACUUGAGGACCCAACAAAGGGAAAUUCUUCAAUCCCAACCGUACUGAAAGUCUCUGAAACCUCUUGAGCGUCUUGGUAAACAAAAGUAUCUCUCUCUUUGCACCAUUGGCAUGUGUAGAACAAUGAAUGGUUGAAUUUGAGAAAAGGUGGGGGGGAGGGGGGGUCCGAGAUAAUAAGGGUGAGCUUCUCUGUUAAAAAUAGAAAGUAAACUGUUCAUAGAUUCUCCCAUGACGUAGAUGUUUCCCUUUAAGUAGCAAUAAUGGGGGCCAUAAAAGAUAUAGGUAUAGAGACUAGCAUGUCAAAAAGUAUAAAAAUUGGAUUAAAGAUUAGAAUUUAUAAUUAUUUGUUUCGUUAUAUAUUUGGUGUUUUUUUUUAAAUUUAAAACCAAAACACACAAAAGUAUAUUUUUUUUUUUAAAUUAGCUCAAUCCAUAAAUUUAAAUUUUUUAGCAAUCUGAAAAGACUUCAAUUGGUACCGGUGUUGAUGUUUUUACCCUAAUAAUAAUCGUGCAAAUGUUUUGUUUCCUUUCGUUCUUUUGAUAUUGCAUAAAACAAUUUAAUUUUUUUAGCAAUCUGAAAAGACUUCAAUUGGUAUCGGUGUUGAUGUUUUUACCCUAAUAAUAAUCGUGCAAAUGUUUCGUUUCAUUUCGUUCUUUUGAUAUUGCAUAAAACAAGUGAGAUUGUUUCGAUGAGUUUUAAAUCAGUUGUCAUGCGUCACCAUGGCAACAAACACAACUUAUGAUAUGACCUCCCAGAAUUGAGUCUGACAAGUGUUUGAAAAGCUCAAGCAACAAUUUGUUAUUUUGAGGAAUAUUUUAAGAUUUAAGACGAUUUAUGACGAAGGAAUUCAAUUGUGCCGCUUGACAAUUUAUUGACAUACGAUUAUGAACGUACAACCUGCAAAAUUUCCCUUCAAUGUUUAAAAAAAGAAUAUUUGAAUAUACGAGGUUGUAUGUUAAUGUAACGUAAGAGUGGUAUGGGAUGUAAUCAUCAUCUAUUACUGUUUACAUUGUACUUUUUUUUUUCCAUCUCCAGACACAGUGGGCCAGAAACAAUGGCAAAUGUGGGGUGUGUGGGGACCCACACCACAGUAAACGUGAACACGAGGCCGGGGGGAAAUACGCCAACGGCAUCAUCACGAGGGAAUACAAACAAGGUGACGUCAUUGACGUCACAGUCCACAUAACAGCCAAUCACAAGGUGAGGAAAAAUUAGAAUGAAGCGGGAUGAACAGCAUUUAAUUAUUUUCUUUUUUAAUAUUUCCUCGAGUUUUAGUGUUCAAAAUGAGAAGAGACGCUGGUCUUCAGGUUUCCAUUGUGUUUAUUUUUCCAGGGCUUUUUCGAGUUCCGCAUCUGCCCCGUCCAAGAUCCCAAAGUGGAGGUAACCCAGGAGUGCCUGGACGAGCAUGUCUUGGAGAAGGCUGAUGGCAACGGCACAAAGUGAGUCAUACAUCCGGGUAGAGGCCGACCGAAUUUCGGCUUCGGCUUCGGUUUCGGCGCCGAAAAAGGCCAUUUCAUCACUUUCGGUCAAGUUUCGGUUUCGGCCGAAACUGGAAAGUUAACUUUCGGCUUAAUUUCGGUUUCAGCCGAAAGAGAAAAGUUAACUUUCGGUUUUUCUUCGGUUUCGGCCGAAAUUGACUUAGACUUUCGGCCAUCCGGCCGAAAGUUACUCAGAUUUUCGGUCAUUUACUACUAAGCGAAAGCGAUAUUUUACAACAAACUAAGCGACAUCUAAGAACAAAUUAAGCGAUCUUUGAGAACAAACUAAAUGAUAUUUAACAACAAACUAAGCGACAUUUAAGAACAAAUUAAGCGAUCUUUAAAACAAACUAAGCGAUCUUUAAGAACUAUCUAAGCAAUCUUUAAUAACAAGCUAAACGAUCUUACAGAACAAACUAAACGAUUUUUAAGACCGAACUAUAUGAUCUUUAAGAACAAAACAAAUGAUCUUUAAUGAUUUAUAAGAAUAAACUAAGCGAUCUUUAACAGAAGACUAAAUGUUCUUUAAAAACAAACUGAAAGAUCUUUAAGAACAAAGCGAUCUUUUAUGAAAAAACUAAGCGAAUUUACAACAAACUAAGCGAUCUUUAUGAACAAACUAAACUAUCUUUAAGAACAAAUAAAGCGAUCAUUAACAAAAACUAGACGAUCUUUAACAACAAACUAAUGCGAUCUUUAAGAACAAACAAAACGAUCUUUAACAACAAACCAGGCCAUCUUUAUGAACAAAUUAAACGAUCUUUAAGGACAAACUAAACGAUCUUUUACAACAAACUAAACGAUCUUUAACAACAAACUAAGCUUUCUUUAACAACAAACUAAACGACCUUUUACAACAAACUAAACGAUCUUUAACAACAAACUAAGCGAUCUUUAACAACAAACUAAGCGAUCUUUAAGAACAAAUUAAGUGAUCUUUUAGAACCACAUUUUUUAGAGACCCGGUUUCAAAAAAAUAAUAUUUUGCAUUAAUUUCCCCUCCUCCCCCCUCCCCCCAAUUUCUGCCAAAUUUUCUCCAACCAUACAAAUUUUAAAAAAAAAUUGUAAAGCGAUUUAAAUUAGUUUUAUAUUAAACUUGUAAAAUCCAAAGUAUUCAUUAGAUCAAGGGUCUCAAACUCAAUUCAUGGGGGUAUCCAAAGUAUUCAUUAGAUCAAGGGUAUCAAACUCAAAUUAUGGGGGGGGGGGGCGCAGGAGGUAGUGUCUGAAUGAGAGUGGGCCGCAUCAAGUAAUCCACAAAAAAGCGAUUACAACUGUUACAAUCUGGUCAACCUUUAUAAAUAACAAAAAAAUCAUUAAGGGUUCUCAAGAACUAGGAUUCACUUUCAUCCACCUACUCACUGUUGCCAGAGAGCUGGCAUACAAAAAUAUUUUUUUUAAAAAUCAGAAUUAGACUAGUCGGUGAGAUUCGACUGAAACCGUCGUGGAGAGUCACGUUAUAGAUAUGAGAAUGGGGGAAACGGGCCGGCGCAUUUACACUAAACUUUUCUGUCAUGUAGCGGGCCGCAAAAUAUCGUCUUGCGGGUCACAAAUGGCUCGCUGGCCGCGAGUUUGAGAACCCUAAAUUAGAUUUUUAUUUAUUAAUAUUUACGAUUAUCUCAUUUUUAUAAAAAGAAUGUAAAUAUUUAUAUUUUCCCACAUCAUUUUCGAUGUAAGCAGAAUGUAUGCGGGAACGAAUUUCAAAAUAUCUUAAUAUUUCAUUUUCGGUUUCGGCUUCAGUUUCGGUUUCGGCCGAAAUUAAUUUUAAAUUUUCGGUCUUUUUUCGGUUUCGGCCGAAAGUCAUUUUUAAAUUUUCGGCCUUUUUUCGGUUUCGGCCGAAAGUCAUUUUAAACUUUCGGCCUAUUUUCGGCUUCGGCCGAAAUCAGAAAAUCACUUUCGGUCGGUCUCUACAUCCGGGCAAACAAAAAUCUACAACCUAUUCUUAUAGCUAUUUCAAUAAAUUAAAAAAUAAUUUUCGAAACAAUAUAUCAGUCUCACAUUCGGCACAAGGAUGAGGAGAUAAAAAAAAAUAAUAAUAAAUCCGUGGUGUGGUCGUAAAUUAAAAGAAACGACGCGGCUCCCUUAUCAAACUGUAUCACUGCUAGGACAUAAAUGACGAGAACUAAGUUCCUCAGGCUAAGGACUUGAUUUGAUGACAAGGUUGUUGCUUAUUGUUUAGGUUGUUUGUUUGGGGGUGGGGGGGUUGGGGGUAAGGUAUGGGGGGGGGUAUGGGGGGGCGGUUUGGUUAGUGUUUAACGCAACCCAUCAACUACUUAAGCGGAAUCUAAGGCUCUGUGAAAGGGAAAUCGGAAUGAUGGGUUGGUGGGUGGGGUGGCGGGUGUGAAUCGGUGGAUCAGUUCGUGAGAUGUCUCCCUAGUAACAGCUAUGCCAACAGUUAAAGUAAUAAACGUAAUGCUUGUCCCAUUCAAGGUGACUGAUUCAUGAUAAAUUUAAGACACGACGGUCUUUGGUGAUCAGUUAAGGUCUUUGACAUAUUAUCAUGACAUAGUAUCUUGCCAUAGUAUAUUGACAUGGUAUCUUGGCACAGUAUCUUAACAUAGCAUCUUGACAUAGUAUCUUGACAUAAUGCAUCUCGUUAUUACACUGUUAACCCACUUGCCUCCUUACUCCCAGGUACUUUCUGAACGAUGGUCAGUCCAACCAGUUUUUUAACGUGUCACUCAGACUGCCCGAUGACCUGUCAUGUCAACAAUGUGUCAUCCAAUGGAAAUAUAGGACAGGUGAGAAAUAAGCCAUUGGUCAUUGACAUAAAAAUUAUACCUUGCCUAUAAGCAGGGGCGUCAUUUGGGUAGGACAGGGUGGGGCAUUCGUCCCGUCACCCCCCCCCCCCCUCUAAAUUUGCAGGUUUUAUUUAAAUUGCUAUGUUCUGUGGUGCCUCCAGUAAUAAACAACUUAACAAGCUGACCAAGUUUUGGUUUUAAUAUAGGACAGGUGAGAAAUAAGCCAUUGGUCAUUGACAUAAAAAUUAUACCUUGCCUAUAAGCAGGGGCGUCAUUUGGGUAGGACAGGGUGGGGCAUUCGUCCCGUCACCCCCCCCCCCUCUAAAUUUGCAGGUUUUAUUUAAAUUGCUAUGUUCUGUGGUGCCUCCAGUAAUAAACAACUUAACAAGCUGACCAAGUUUUGGUUUUUCCUCCCCCUCCCCCUGAAAAAAACCUGAAAUGACGCCCCUGCCUAAAAGUCUCAAUAGGCAAUAGAUAAAAGUUGCAUAAGGUGACCUUGUUUGUUGUUGUUGUUGUUUUAAAACUUGACUCUCCGCGUUUAUAAUAAACUUGUAAAUUCCGCUUUUAAUCUCUAUUUCAACUUAAAUCGAGGGAGUUAAGGAAAAACAAAACACAUAAUGAACUGUCGGAAAACUUAAACGUUAAUCAGAGGCAUAGCUAAGGCGGGGGGGGGGGGCAAGGGGUACAGAUGUCUCCUAACGCCAGGCCCGUCAGGGGCGCCUAAACGUGCUUUGAUACUAUUGAAUUGGUGAAAAUAAUGGGUUUAAGAGUUGAAACAAAGAAAGGGAGGCGCUUUAAAAUGAAUCUUUGCCCCGGGUGUCGGAAAACUUAAACGUUAAUCAGAGGCAUAGCUAAGGCGGGGGGGGGGGCAAGGGGUACAGAUGUCUCCUAACGCCAGGCUCGUCAGGGGCGCCUAAACGUGCUUUGAUACUAUUGAAUUGAUGAAAAUAAUGGGUUUAAGAGUUGAAACAAAGAAAGGGAGGCGCUUUAAAAUGAAUCUUGUCCCCGGGCGCCAAACACUCUAGCUCUACGCCUCUGGUGUUAAUAUAAUGUAAAUGAGCCACUGCGUUUAAAAUUAGAGAGUGACAUGUUUGUAUGAGUCAGUGUCGUAUUUUCAAAAAUAACUUGUUUUUUAAAACGCCAAAAUCUAUUUUAUUUUAAGGUAACACCUGGGACAAGGACGAGUCGGGAAAAUUCUGUGUCGGCUGCGGACCCCAAGAGGAAUUCUACAACUGUGCCGACGUCACCAUCAACUCCAAAAGCAAAGCUGCGCAGAAGUCCGACGGUGCCAAGAACGAAAAACCCAAAGUUACCAAAACUGACAUCCAGAUCAAGAAAGAGGCGAUAGUGUUCACCAACGAAGGCCCGGAGACCAACACCUACAACAAGAACUCCAAGAUGAGCGACUACGGGAAGCAGAAAGCUAAAUUCGUCCAGGAUUCUUCUAAGUAUUCAUCCUUGUCCAUUAGCGCGCGCCAACCCUCGAUGACCAAAAGCGUGAUCCAGACGGAGGCUCCUUUGAAAGAAGAAGAAAACAAGUUUACUGAGAUCAACAAAGUCAACGAUCAUUCCGGAAACACGAACGCUGGCAUGAGAUCGGGGUAUUUAGACGAACAGUCGUUGGUGAUCGCAAAGCCCGGGCAAGCUCCCCCAACAAACCCAUCAAUGGUUCCUUACAAAUGGCAAUCGGGAACUUCCAAAUCAUCCAGUGCUGAAGAGAUUAGAAAGCGAUUCGGCUACAGCAUCGGCACGGAGAGGAACAACGGCGGCUACAACAAUGGGGGCAACCGCAAAAAGGCUGACGUUGAGACCGUUGUGUUUGUGAGCAAGGAAGGCAAAGCCGUGUCCAAUCCGCGGAAUGUCGUGUCCAGACAGCAGGAUGUCAUUCGGGUCAAGGAUCAGUCCAAUGGUGUUGAACAGCCCGUCGCCGGCCAGACAGAGCCCAGAGAUGCUAAUCAGCAACGAGUCACCUUAGAUUUGAACGAGAUCACCCGAGGGUUGGCUCCAUCCCAGUCUGCUCCGGAAGAGAUGAACUUCCUGAAAAGGUGGAAGAUGCUGCGCCUGCGUCAGUUGGCCGCCCAGCAGGCCCUGAAUAUGUCAUCUGGACGUGUUACAACCACUGCCGGGGUCACGCAAGAUUCCAGGAUGCAACAGUUGAGAAAAAAUUUGCAAAACAUGAGAGAGAACGGUAGGAACAGACAAGAAUCGAGAUCUCCCUUCACCCCACCGACCACGUACAGAGUCACAGAGCUGAAACAAGAAGAGAACGAGACGCGGCCAGAAACUGUGCAAACAUCAAAGUUCUCGCCUAUCUCAUUCUCCAAGCCAUCGACGUUAUCCUCGGGGCUUCAGAAGUACCUGAAGAAACGCCUUCCGUCUUGGCUGGUGACUGCUCUCAGAAUUAAAGAGAGCGCGACCCGAGAACAGGAAUCUGCCAAUGAUGCCGCCAGCAAGGAGCUGCCGGUUUCCUCGACGGCUGCUUCUACGGUCCAAGCUAAGGUAAACAGCGAACGAAAGAUUUCCCCCUCUUCGUCGAGCGCCCAAAACGUGCAUCGAGAUGCGAACAGAUCCGGUAAAAAGACUUCGCAAAAUAACAGCAAGCGAGCGUCGUUGAAGCAGGACGGGAAUCGAAAACUGGAGAGAACUCUAAAGUCAGGUGAAGGUUAUGAGGCUUCGACAUCAGAUGACGAGACCAAGCGUUAUGGCAGCCAAAGAAGCCAUGCAAACAAAGGCCAUUCCACGCACGAUGCGAUAAGACCUUUGAAUAAGCAGACACGGAGACUAAACUCUGAACGCUCCGAGAACUCCCCAUCCGUUCAAGUCACUGGCGACAAUGACGAGAAAACAACUAACGAAGAAGAAGUCAAUAAAAACGGCAAGGAUGACGCCGAAUCUUUAGUUCGAUACAUCAUAACAACGCUCUUGGCCAAGAGAAGCAGGGAACAAAACAACGGCGGGAACCAAGCUGAGGAAGAGGAACAGAGCGAAGAUGGAAUCCUAUCCAAGAAAGAUAACAGCGACCACGUUUUAACUCAUUCUUCCAGCCACUACCCGACCCAAACUCCUUGGUUCGUCCCGGCCGUACCCGAGGCGAUGCCCAAUACCGGCAGCUACGGUUCCGGGCUUCUCUCUCACACGUCAGACCGACACGGAUACAAUGCCGAAUCUUCCAACUCUGUUCGCGUCGAUUCCAAACCGUACAAUGGCUUGAUCCUUGGCACAGACUACGGCUACAACCAAGGGUACCCCAGUACCGCCAGGGCACACAACGGGCAGGCGGGAAGGUGGGAGAGCCACAGCGCCCACGAGAACCAUGCUGCGAUGAACGCGUACAGAGCCUCACUCAGAGCUUUUGAGGAUAGCCAAGUCCAGCACGACCACCAAGCGAGACCCCACAGCAGCGGAUUCGCCUACCCCAAUAACAACAACAAUUACGUUAGCACUUUUGCGUCCGGGCGUCAGCAACAAAAUGGAUGGGACAGCUCGGAGGAUGUCGGAACCGAAAACGAAUUUGUUCAAGAUCCGAAUCACGUCUGGGCGAUGAGGGCUCAGAAGCGUCAGGAGUACUACCAGCAACAGCCUCAGCCUCAGCAGGAGAGCUCACAGCUGGUGUGCGAAGGACUGGUCACGCUAGGAGGCGGCAUGGACAAGUGGUGCACGGAUAACUGCAACGCCAACUUCUGCCCGUCCACAAUUUGCGUCUGCAAGAAACAGGUCCUGGUCUCCUCGCACCCGUUCAGUUCAAGCUACUCGACUUUGAACUCCAGGACUCCGAGCGUCGCCUCUUGGGGAAGUCCCCGGCCAGUCUCGGACAGUCGUCACGUGGUGCGCAACUCACAGUCUCCGUAUUACGCUCCCGCGUCGCAGAGCUACGUCACAUCGGGGCAGGGGACGCAAAGGGUCGACAGACGCCCGCAAAGAAAGCAAAGUCAGCGUACGCCAUAUUUGUAUCCACUCCUGACCACGGCAUUCCUGGACCCCGUCCCCACCGCACCGACGUUUGCGGCUUACAGUGCCCGGAGCGUGAGAGGGAGUUCACAGUUCAUGCCACGUCACAUGCCCGGCACGAGAGUAGGGGGAUCUCGUCAGCCUCAGCUCUACGCACAGCCUGAAUCUUACAUGAGCAAGGCCGUCAGUCCCCGCACUCAAUCAGGACAGUUUUAUCCGCAAUCCCAGAACAUGAUCGGUCACCGCUCUGUUUACGACUCCAACUCCAACACGAUUGCUGAAUCCACACUACCGUUGCAAAUGAACUGGAUUUCCGGAAGCAAACAUGCAUCUAAUGACGAUUAUGAUGUCACAUCCGGAAGAAGAUCCCCCAGCCUCAAUGCCGCCCGAGGCGCCUAUCUUCCCCUUAAUUUAAGAGACGAGGUCACCGACGCGAAUUUGAGAAUACAAGAACAAAACUACAUCAACAACCAAUACACCGUGCCAAGUGGAACAGACGAGAUGACGGAUGAGCAGCCAGCCAGGCUGAACUGCAGGGCCGUUGGCGCCUACAGAGGGUUGGAUCACUUCGACGAAUGGUGUGAGACCACCUGCUACACGUCCAUGUGCCCACUGCUGAUGUGUGAGUGUGACAGUUAGGUUGGACCUGUGUGACAUGGCGAGAGAUGACCUCUUUACACGUUGACCUUUCAAUACGAGAACAUUGCCAAUCUUAACAGUGUUGGUAUGUAUUCAUGGUU